AUGACAAAUAUAGCCCGGUGAACGAGGUCCAGUUAGGGACAAAAUGGAAGAGGAAUCAGAUGAAUCAUCAGACGAUGAAGUUCAAUAUUCGGAGAUGUUACAGCCUCCUCUGAUAAACCAGCUGAAGAAAAUUCUAGAUGAAUACCCAGACGACGGCCAGAUUUUAAAAGAAAUAAUCCAGAAUGCUGAAGAUGCCGAGGCCUCAUUAAUGAAAGUUUUGUAUGACGACCGCAAAAUCAACCAAGAUAUAUCCAGCACUAAGAAACAAUAUUUCAAGAAGUAUUUUAAGGGCCCUGCGCUUUGCAUUUAUAACAAUGCAAUUUUCACAGAAAGCGAUUGGUGUGGAAUACGAAUGAUCUACAGUAGUGUAAAGGAGUUCGAUCCGGUUAAAGUUGGACGAUUUGGUCUAGGAUUUAAAUCUGUAUUUCACAUAACAGAUUAUCCAAUGAUUAUCAGUGGAAACCAGUUACUGAUUUUAGAUCCCCACCAGAAACUCUCUGAUCGUGUUUGCAUAAAAAUGAAAUUAAAUAAAAUGAGAAAAUACAAGAGAAUGGAUGUAACUGAUUGUCUUGCAGCAUUUGAAGGUAUGUUUGGAUUUUCCACAGAGACCAUAGAAAAAGGGAAUUUCAAGGGUACAUUGUUUAGGUUCCCAUUGAGAGAAGUGAAAACGGAACUUUCUGAAAACAUUUAUGAUGAGAUAAAAGUGAUGGACUUAUUUAAAGCAUUUAAAGCCGAAGCUCCAGUCGAACUGUUGUUUCUUAAAUGUUUGGAAAGAAUCGACCUGUAUUGGAAAUUUACAGACUUAGAACGAGACCAAGACUACGGCGAUUCUCCAGUCUACAGUGUGAACAUUUCGGACUCGUGUGUUCAAAGCGUGAGAGAUGGAAGAAUUCAUGUCAUGAACCACCUAAAGACCUAUGGUAAAAUGCUAGCAAACAAAACAUUUCGCAUUAACUACAGAAUGACGGUAGAAACGCUUAAUGAAGGCGAUAUCCAUACAAACGAAUGGAUAAUUUUUCAUUGUAUGAAAGGUGGCAAUAUGUCUGAAGAGUUGCGAAUUCUUUCCCUCGACGAAUCAUUGUCUUAUAGUCCAUAUACUAGCAUUGCAGUUCCUAUGGAAGAGGACCAGUUCAGAGGGCACGUGUUUUGUCUUAUGCCAUUGCCGUUAACAGAUAAUAGUUUGACAGGACUUCCGGUGCACGUGAAUGGUUACUUUGCUCUUAGUCAGAAUAGACGACAUGUUAAAUGGCCUACUGCAGAUCAAAUGAAACAAGGAACUUACAAAGACAAAUCAUUGAGAUGGAAUAACUGUCUGAUAACGGAAGUUCUCGCGGACUUGUACUACAAUGUAAUAUUAGAGUUAAUCGAGCACACCAUUACGCCAGAUUCGGUUGCCAUAGUUACAAGAACUAUACCCGAUUGUCGACAGAUAACGGAACACUGGAAGAAUAUUUUAAAGCCAUUGUUUGAUUCACUCUUUGAAAGCAAGUUUUUGUUCACAGAAAACAAUGGAGGAUGUUGGAUUAGUAUCAAAGAAGCUGUAUUCGAUGUUUUUGAAGCAGACACUAACAGCGAUGUAAAAAGAAGUGUUUUAGAAUUUCUGUUGCUGAACAACGAAAAUAUAGUUCACAGCGAGGAGAAAAUCUUAUUUGCUAUUGAACGCAAAGGAAUAGAGAUUGUUAGUAUAACAGGAAAAUUGGUUGCUGCAGCAGCUAUCAUGAAUCCAUCAAACCUAAACAGUUCGCCAGAAUCAGACAAAAUGAACAUUUUACAGUUUUUGCUUUCCUGUGAAGACCAGAGCAUUCUACAAGGUGUUCCAUUGCUCCCUCUGCACAAUGGAUGUUUUGCUGAAUUUGACCAUACCUCCAACGACAUGGUGUUUGUGAGUCAGAAUGUCACCGAAUUGUUUCCUGGACUUGAAGAAAAAUUCAUCAAACAAGAUCUUCAAAAGGAAAUAUAUGACAAUCUUCUAAAUAUUUGCACAAAAGGUUUAUUUCAGUUGCAUAAGUUCUCAAGGUCAACAGAUAAAGAAAUAGCUGGUCUACUACGAACAACAAUACAGAAGAAUAUUGGAACAACGACACUGGAAAGACUUGCAUGGAAAACCACCAACGGAAGAACAAAUGAAACAUGGCUGAAAAAAGUUUGGAAGCUCCUAAAGGACAGACAGUUUGACCUCGGCUUCUUUAAAGACCUUUUUAUAGUGCCAAUCAUCAGUGGUGAGAACUUGUUGCUAGAUGAUUCCAAAGAAGCGAUACUAUGUAAGUUAUCGAAGCAGUUUAUCAUCAAAUCAUCCAAAGACUUUAAAGAGCUACCAGAUGGUGUAUGUAGAUGUCUCAGUUUGUUGGAUAUUGUUAUACUACCAGCUAUGUGGGGAGAUAUCUCUGAACAUCCCGAUAUCGACCAAUAUGUCUUCAAACCGACAGUCUAUAAUGUAUGUCGACUUUUAGAGGCUGUUAGUGUUAACAGUUGUCGAGAUGAACUCAUUGAAACUUUCAAUCAGGAAUGCACACCAGGUGAUAGAGAUGAUUUUGUGUCAUUUAUGUCUGUUAUUGAAUCUGUACACUGCAGAGCGGCGGAAGUACUUUCGUCACUGAAGCUCUUUAAGGAGAGGAUCACAAGUCGUUUUGUCUCAAGAAACGAAGUGGGACUGAUUGUUCAUACGGAAGAUUUACCAGUCCAAUAUUUUGUUGAAAACAUCGAUGUAAGUAACAAAGAACAUUAUAAUUUUUCCGUUGCAUUAGAAAUGAACGAAAUUGAAUUCAACAGUGCAGGGGUGAAUGUUUUGAAGUAUUUAAAAAACGAUAUCGGUUGUUAUUCCGAAAUUGAUCAGAGGAAUGUUCUUCAGUACGUACUGACACAUUUGAAGCGGUUUCCAAGUAAAGUAUUGAUUUUGGAAGAAUGUAAAAAUAUACGAUUUGUAUAUGACAAUAAGGGGCGAAGAAAAUGUGCAUGUGAAUAUUUUGAUCCAGAAGACGAAGGUUUAAAACUAAUCCUUGUGGAAGAUGACUUUCCAGAUGUGAAGAAGACUAAUAUUGAUUUGAAAUAUUUAAGAAAAUUAGGAAUCAAAUCAGUCAAUGACUUAACAGAGAAUCAUAUCAUCAGAUGCGCCAAAGAAAUACACGACAAAUGCACAAAUGGUAGAUGUAGUGACAUCGACUUUGCACGGUCAUCGAAAAUCAUGGAGCUUUUGUCAUCUCGUCCAGAGCUUGUGACUGAUGUCAUCUGUGACUAUCAUUUUGUUGAACCAGUUAAAAAACCGUGCUCAUUCCCAUACGUAUUAAAAUGGUUUCAUCCACAGUUUGCAUUUUGUAAACCAAAUGAUUUGUUAGAUGAAAAACAUCAGAAACUAGUGGGAUGUGUAUUACCGUUGGUAAACAGUUCUGAAUGUGCGAGUUUAGCUACAAAAUGUUCAUGGAAUAAAACACCAGAUGUAAAAAACGUCAUUGUACAAUUACUGAUAAUAGCAUAUAGCUAUGAAGAUAUAUAUAAACCGCAGUUGUUGCCAUUAAUAAGCGACAUCUUUCACUUCUUAGUAGAUAAUUACGGCAGUUUUUCGAAAGAGGCGCUUGAGGAAUUCAAAAAUAAAGAAUGGAUAUGGGUAGGUUCGAAGUUUGUCCGAUCAAACCAGAUUUAUUUUUCAAAAGAUGAGCAUCCAGUCAUCAAUUUUGAACCGUACUUAUAUACCUUGCCAGGAGAAUUUCAACUUAAAAAAUUCAAAACAUUUUUCACAGAAACAAAAUUCUGCCUGUCUGGUAAUCACUCGGAUUUAUGUGUUGAAGUCCUUAAAUUGAUAAAGAAAAAGCACGAUACAAGUGAAGUUAACGAAAAGGAUACUACAGAGGACUUACAGCUAGUCGUUAAAAUACUAAAUAUCUUAAAAGAAGAGGAUGGAAUAGAGCACGACGACAUUUUAUUUCCAGUACACACAGAGAAGGCAAAUAAACUGGUUUUACAGCCUGCAUCGAAAUGCAAUUACUGCAACGAAGAUUGGUUGAAAGAUUCUGCUGAUGAAGACGGAAACGACAUUUUUUAUGUUCACCAUGACAUACCAAUGGAUACUGCAGUUAAACUUGGUGUACCUUCACUUACUGACAGACUUUUACAAAACACAGAAUGGUUGGAAGAAUGGGGACAAUGUGAACCGCUGACAACAAGACUCAAAACACUGCUAAAAGAGUACAAAGAUGGCUUUUCAGUAUUUAAGGAACUUAUACAGAACGCAGACGAUGCUGGUGCAACAGAAGUGUGCUUCCUAUAUGAUGAACGUCAAAACAAAAACGCGCGCACUAGAUUGAUUGACAAAGGAAUGGUAGAAUGCCAGGGCCCUGCGUUAUGGUCUUUCAAUGAUGCACAAUUUUCCCAAGGAGAUCUUGAAAACAUUACAAAAUUGAAUGGUGCAACAAAAGAACUCGAUACAACAAAGAUCGGGAGAUUUGGUCUAGGGUUUUGUUCAGUGUAUAACUUAACUGAGGUCCCAAGUUUCAUAAGUGGAAACCACAUCGUCAUUUUUGAUCCUCACACGAAGUAUCUCGGAACAGCCUUAAGAAACAAACGACAACCAGGAGUAAAAAUCAACAUAUCAAAAAACAGAAGUAUGUUAAAAACUAUGUGCACCCAGUUUUUACCAUUUGAAGGAGUUUUUGACUGCAAUCUCACAGUUUCACAGGACAGAAAAUUAUCAUAUAAGGGAACUUUAUUCAGGUUUCCAUUAAGGACAAAACAACAGGCUGAACAAAGUGAAAUUAGUCACACUGUUUAUGAUAAACACGAAAUGGUACGACUUUUGAAUAUGUUUACAGAAUCUGGGGGCAACCUCCUUCUAUUCACGCAAAAUGUGAUGUCAGUUGAACUGUAUUUCCUACCAGACGAUGGCAGAAGCCCAGUGGAAUCUAAACUUGUUUUCAGAACUGAAAGAAAAAUGAAACAGACAAUCGAAAUGCCAAUUAAAAGCAUGUUUGAAGAAAACGUCACAACUGUAUUACAAAGCAUGUCCAUAGUAAAACAUCAACAUCAGUCCACGAAAAACCAAAAAAAUUUUCCAUUAUUAUUCAGUGCAAUAUUUGAUAUUUCAAUAUUCUCCAGUGCUGAAGACGAACUUGGGAUUAAGGAGUAUAGUUCAAACACUAAAUGGAUAAUAACCUGGGAAAGAGGGACGUCCAGUAGUUGGAAUAUGUCAAUAAACAACAGUGAGAAAGGAGUUUUAGCAGUUGCAAGUAUAGCAUGCCCAGUGGAAGUGGUUGACGGGAAAAUUCGGACUAUUAACUUCGAGUCACUUCCAGUUGGGUUUUACAAAACUAGCCAUGUUUUCUGUUUCCUUCCAUUACCAUUAGAGACAAAUCUACCGGUACAUAUAAACGGUUAUUUUGCUGUUACUGCAGAUCGUCAGCGUCUCUGUUCUGACUCGACGGACGACAAAUCUUCUUUUGAAAGUAUCUGGAAUAAAGAAUUGAUGCAAGAUGCAGUAUGCAAUGCCUAUGUAAAAUUUCUAGAAGAUCUUCAGAAUUCAAAAAUCAGUCCGACCGAAGCAUAUUUCGAACGAUGGCCAACGGAGAUUAUUAAAAAUUCCAAAGAUAAUUUUUGGAUUCUCCAAAGAAUGGUAUAUAAUCACAUUUGUCGAAGUAAAUGUAGAGUGUUUAGAACAGGAGGCUCGAGAUGUGUUUCACUUGAUGAAUGUGCUUUUUUGCAUCCCGACAUUGCUGAAUCGAACUUUUGUGAUGUAGUGUUGGAGGCUUGUGAAAAGAUACACUGGAAAGAUAUUUUGAUUAAAAUACCGAGAAAUAUUUUGAGAUGCUUCAUAAAUGCUGAAUGUGAAUCGUUUAUUUCAAGGAAAAUGAUAUCAAUCUUCCAUUUGUACAAACAAGUUAUUCUACCUAACUUUGUUGACACAAUCUGGGAUGGCAAAAGGGACGGAGUAAUCAUAUUUGCCUUAAACAGCUGUAAUGAUGACAUCCUGUUUCUACUUAACGAAUACCCAUGUAUUCCAACAGAGCCACACGGAAAAUUAAAAUGUCCUAAUGAAAUCGUUGACAGAAAUGGAAGCGUUAGCUGUCUCUUCGAUAUUGACGACGAGCGCUUUGUUUGCCUUUCAUCAGCACUUAACACGUUUGACAAGCUGUUCACAACAAAGGGACUUGGAGUAAUAACAAACACGCUUACUCCUUAUUUAAUAAUAGAUAGAGCUAGAUCCGUGAAAGUCAAAGCAAAGACAUGCACUGGUUGUGCUAUAGAACGAUGUAUAAAUUUUCUCGAAUAUAUAACUAAAAAUUCCACUUUUCUUAUUCCACACAAAAGUAUGUUAGAAACAGAAGAGUUUCUACCAUGUAUGAGACAACCUAAAUCCUGGAAAUUUACAUGGGCAGGGAAUAAAGAAACAAAUUUGAACACAGUAGUACAAUCAUGUGGAAAUCAAAACCAUAGCAUAAUGGAACCAGUAUUAUUUGAAGGCUUAAACAAACUUCAUUUAUCUGACUGCUAUUGUCUUGUUGGUACUACAAUGUUCGUAUUGGAUAAGCAAAUAAGCGAGCUUUUUCUAAAUGUAUUGACGAAAAUUGGAGUAAAAACGCGUAACACUCUAGACGUUGAACACGUGUUGGCAAAUCUUAAAAACAUAGCCAAAGAAAGCAAAAAGAUCGACAUUAACGAUCAGGUCGUUGAAACUUUGCAUACAGUGACAAUGGAAAUAUAUAGGUAUUUUAACUUUAUUUUGGAAAAUGAUACAGUCGGAAAAGAAAGACUGAACAAUAUUUUGGAAGAAAUUAAUCAGUAUCCCAUGAUAUUUCUGAAUGACACUUUUCUUUCUCCAGUGGAAGUGUUUGAAGAAGUAGCUCAUGAUUGUCGACCAUAUUUCUACAGCCUUCAAAAUGCGCCCCAUCUUAAAUAUUUUAAGUAUUUUCUCAAAUGUAUUGGAAUCAGACGAGAUGUUGACGUGAAUUCAAUCUUAGGUGUAUUAGCAAAGUUUCAAAAUCAAUACGAAAGCUCUAAACUACCGAAUAGUGACAUCACAGUCUAUAUAAACCUGUUGUUACAACUUGCACACUCGAUGCAAAUUGAACAGAUAUCUCCAACGUCACUUCCUAUUUUAAUGGCUCCUGACAACGAAAACGUUUUAACUUUAACAAAGUUUUUAUGCGUUCAAGAAACUGAAGUCUACACAAGACAAGCGAUGAAAUUUACGCAUGAUUUGAUAUCGCCUGCAUUAGCGUCAUCUCUAGGGAUUCUUUCAAAAAGAAAAAUGAAACUUCGACUUUGUUCAAGGACAAGGCGUUUUGGUCAGCGUGAGGAACUCACCACUCGAAUUAAAGGUAUAUUAGACGGGUAUCCAUGUGAUUCUGGAGUUCUAAAAGAACUUGUACAGAAUGCUGACGACGCAAAAGCCUCUGAAAUACAUAUUGUGGCAGAUUUCAAUCAUUACCCGUCAGAUAAGCUGUUUGAUGAAUCAUGGAAACCCUUACAAGGGCCAGCUUUACUUAUAUACAACGAUAGCGCGUUCUCAGAACAGGAUUUGAAUGGAAUACAGGAUUUAGGUAUAGGAAGUAAACGAAUGGACCCAACAAAAACAGGUCAAUAUGGCGUUGGUUUUAAUGUUGUUUAUCAUUUAACUGAUGUCCCAUCAUUUUUAACAAAAGGUCCAGAGGUGGAAAGUGGACAGAUUUUGUGUGUUCUUGAUCCGAAUUGUCGUUAUGUUCCUGGAGCAACACCGUCAGUACCGGGCAUUGAAUAUAUCCAACUUGAGGAACUUUGGGAGGACUUCUCGGAUGUGUUUGAAUGCUAUCAUUCCAAUCUUCUCCUAAAAGAGAAAGGAACAAUAUUUCGUUUACCCUUGAGAACAACUUCAUUUGCAAUGCAAUCAAAACUCAAGAAGACUUCUGUAGACGAAAAUUAUGUUAGAAAUAUCUUAGAUCUGUUCGUUAAGGACCUGCCUGACAUACUUUUAUUUGUAUCCAAUGUAGAAAAAAUCACCAUUUCGGAAAUAGUAGAUAAUUCCUUGCAGGAGAUUUACUCAGUUAAUAUAAAAAAAUCCAAUUUAGAAGGACGUCAACAGUUUUUUGAAAACGUAUACCAGACAGCUGACAUUGUAUCAAAGAGCGACUCAUACUACCAGGUAAAUCCAUCAGAUGUCCUGUAUGAAGCAACAGUUGAUGAUAGCAAUGGAAUAGAGAAAUCUUGGUUGAUCGUGAAUGGAUUGGGAUUCAAAGAAACAAGUAAGAUAAAGAAAAAUGUAACCACUGCUUUUAGAAAUCGGGAACUAAAUCUCAUGCCUCGAGGUGGAAUUGCGAUUGAUAUUACACAGACGGAACACGCAGAUGAAAAAAUUGAAGGAAAAUCAUAUUGCUUUUUACCUUUAGAGAACCCCACUGGUCUUCCGAUUCAUUUUAAUGGACACUUUGUGUUAGAUCAUCAGACCAGGCGAAAUUUGUUGGAUGAGGAUCGUGAAAGCUAUCGAUCAUGCUGGAACAAGCUUAUAUUGGAUCAGAUCGUUGCUCCAUGCUAUGUGUCAGCGUUGGUAUUCUUACAAAAAAGAAUAAAACCAACUAAAACAAGUCGGCUGUCAGAUACAGAAACAACAUUAAAUCUGUCGUUUUUUCAUAGCAUUUUCCCAAACAUUACGAAAGCUAAAAAUAAUUAUGUGGAGUAUCUUAUUUGCUGCGUUUAUAAUUACAUACACAAAUCCAAUGUUGAACUGUUUGCUAUAAGCUUUGAUAAAACCAUUCGGUUUGUUUCUUUACGAAACACCCGUGAUGAAUUUGAAGCUGUUUGGAACAAUUUACAAUUUGACAAGACGAGUUUUCCCUUCUCAACUCAGAUACAAGGCAUAACUAAGUUAUUUUCCAAAUGUGGAAAGACACCAAUGAUCGUUGAUAUAUGUAGAAGUCUCGGAGUACACCUCGUUGACACACCAAUGUUUGUCUUGGAAAGUAUGCGUUUAUCAGGAUUGAAAGUCCAGACAAUUUCACCAACAUUUUUGAUCAUGUUUAUGAAAUCAGUUGAUAUUAUGAAAGGUGAAACACAAAUAGAAUUGCAUAAGUCGCAAUUUCUUACAUUAGAUCGUUUACUGACAUGCUUAGAAUACUGUCAGAAAGACGAGAAUUUUAAAAACAAAAUAUUAGGGCUUCCACUCUGCCUUAGGCAGGACAAAAUGAUUCAAAAAUUUGAUAUUGAAAAAGCCGUUUUCCAUACAAAGUUCUUCGAUUUACUUCCAGAAUCAGCAUCUCAAUUUCUUCAUGGAAAGUUGGUCAAUCGGAUAACUGGUGACAGAAUCCAUGGUUUGAAGACAUUUACAUUAAAUGAUUUCAUAGAAUGGUUACCAUACACGGUAUCACUAGAAAAAUAUCGCACAAUCGACCAGGCUGUUGAAUGGAAUCCUGAGUCCUCACAAAUACCAACAAGAUCCUGGAUAGAGAAUGUUUGGUGUUUUAUAAAGGGUGAAAUGCAGUCUUGUGAUCGACGUGUAUGGAAACAAUUUCUUCCUUGGUGCUUAAUACCCUGCAAGAUAGAAUAUGAACAGUCAUUUACCUACGUGGGACACCGUUUCUAUAAUAAAAUUUAUAGUGAAAAAGCAAUAAAAACUGACCAAAAAAAAUGUGAAAAUUUGCUUUACCCUUUAGGAGACUUCAAAGCUAUUUUGGAUAUACAUUCAUUCCAUGGUGCUCUUGCGCAAGCUCUGAAUUCCCUCAAACUUCCAGUUCUAGACACAAAGAAUACGUUAUUGAUGUCAUUAACACCGUCAAUCAAAUCUUGUACUGGAGUUUUGGAAUGCUUAUAUCUGAACCGAGAGAAGCUCAAGAAACGUCACUGCACACUUCAUUCGGAACAUUGCACAGUGAUUUUAGAGUUUUUAUCAGAAUGCUUCAAUGGUCCAUGCGGCCAACAAGUAAAACCAGAAAUCAUUACUUGGGUUAAAGAAAUUCCUAUUCAUGUUACAAUAUCAGGUUAUGUAACAUCUCUUACGAAUAAAAAGAGAAUCUUAGUAGUCCCCAUUGAUAUGCUUACAGAUGGAAUAGACAUUUGGGCUAAAAUGACACAAACUACAUUACUAAAAGACAACUACAAAUUGCACAAUGUAUUUAAAGCAAUCAAUUUGUCAUCUGGAAGUAUAUGCAACGCAUAUGCAAUGUAUAUAUUACCAUCAUUUGAAUCGUUACCUGUAGAAAAUCGCGAAUCACAUCUAGUUUAUAUUAGGGACAAACUUUUAGCAAGACCAGGUUCAGGAAAUUAUACAAAUGACCAGAAAGUAUUAAUAAGUCAAUUGAUACAAACACAGAUUAUACCCGAUAGAACAGGACGUCUACAAACAGCGAAAUAUUUCUACAGUCCUUUUAAUGAAGUAAUGAUGGCUUUAGCUGAUGAAUCACAAUUUCCAUGUCAGCAAUUUAAUGAUUAUGAAUGGAAGGAUUUUUUGGAACUUGCAGGAAUUCGGAAAGAUAUAACUAUCGAUAUGUUUGUGGAAUUUGCCGAAUCUGUAGCCGCAAAAAGGUAUUUAUUUUAUUUCACUGAUCUGCAACACAAAUCGGAAAUGCUUCUAUGUCACAUCCUUGAAACCACUCAACUGAUCCAAGAAGGCUUGCUCCGAAAAAUAGCCAACAUACCGUUCAUUGUUCCCUACAAAGUGGAAAGGAAGAAAACCAAUAUUUACAGACAGCAUAAUAUUGACCAAUUGAUAUGCUUUGCGGGUGCAGUUUUAACAAAACACGCUGAUUUAUCCUGGACUUGUUGUCCUAUACUUCCGGAGAUCGCUUCUAGAAUUGCAGUCAUUGCUGGUAAUGCAAGAAAUCAGCUUAACAUUUAUUAUAAACUAGAUUGUCAUCAUGUUGUGUCUCAUAUACAAAAUAUCGUUGACGAGUUGAAAAUAAAAGGGGACAAACAGAAAAUUCGGAUGGAUGAUAUAUGCUUCAUUAUGCAGCUAAUGGACAAGUUUUACAAAUGGUUAGAUGAAAAUAUUGAAAGAGAAGCAACAAUUUCAAAGCGAUUACAGCAAAAACCUAUUGUAUUUUUACCGAAACACAUGAUAUUUGUAAACUGUAGCAGGAUUGUUCAACAAUUAUGCCUUGAUGGAGAGAUGCCAAGGUAUUUAUCACAAGUUCCAAGGGAAUAUGGACAAUAUGGACAAGUUUUUGAAAAAAUUGGAAUGCGACCAAAAGUAAGCUGUUACCAUUUUGCAAAAACCUUAGAAUAUUUGUUUAUUGAUGUUAUUAAAGAGGAGCUAAAUGAGAACGAGUUUCGAGUUGUUACCAAGUGUCUAUUGGGAAUGAUUAAUGAAAUUACACGUGAGAACUGUGACGCUAACAUAAACAAAUCUCUUUCAGAUGUUCACCAUCUAUACUUACCCACCAGAAAUAAAAAGCUUGAAAAUGCCAGUACCCUGAUUUAUUCGGACAAUUCAGAUUGGGAACGUUUUGUUCACUCAGAAGCCGAAACCACCCAGUUUGUAAUUGAUUUAAAAGCCAUUGACAUUUAUGGUGCUAAUGGGAUGGUAUUAUUUAACAGUCUGCCUACGCGGAUGCGACCAAAAAUAUUGUCGCAGCUUAUUCAUGAAAGAUUGAACACUGGCAUGUUGGAGCAUAUAGAGAACAUGGUUUGUAAACAGCUUUCAAAUAUGAUCCAAACAGACGAGUUUUGUGAAGGCUUUAUACGAAUCAUUGCAGAUUCACAACAAAAAAGCGCUUCAAAGUUAAUUGAUUUAGCUAAUGCCGAGCAACUUGUAAAAGACAUUCGUCAAAUACCAAUUAUAUCAGUGAAAACAGUGAGCUUAGAUUUACUAUAUCACAACAUAACUGUAGCAAGUAUCGAAAAAGAUAGUUUCUUUGAUAAGCAAGACAAAACACUUUAUUGUGCAAUACCACAAAAUGAAACGAUAGAAUUAUGGCUCACAAAUAACAGCAACGUUUUUCAAGAAGCAUUUAAACACUGCACAAAUUACAUGUACACUUGGCAAGAAAGACUGCUUCUGAAGAUGAUGUGUAACCUGCGAAACGUAGAGAGAAUAUCGUCCAUGUUGGACAACGAAAGAGUAACAAGAUACGAAGUAGCAUUCACUCAGUCUGUUUUCCAGAAUCCUGGUGUUACAGUCCAUCCAAAAUGGCAUUGUUGGUUGGAAAACGGUUUUUCAGAAUUUGAAAAUGGGGAAACUGUAGCUCUUUUGGUCCAUGAUGCUAUUGAAGAAAACGGUAGAAUAAUUCCUGCACAAUAUACUUAUGCAAAAAUACGCAAGAAGAUAAAGUCACAAGUAUACGAUUCAACAAUAGCAACCGUUUGGUUGCAAAGGUAUGACGUUGAAGUGAGCAUAGGAAGAUUUAAAACACUAUCUGCACACAGAUUAUAUAAAUUUACAAGAAAUACAAAACCUUGUGUUGAAUUAGUGCCUGCAGUUGAAGUUCCGAAAAUGAACAAUCGGCCAGAGUCAAAGCAAUCAGCGAUAGAAGAAACAGAAAAGUUUGUUAACCUGAUUUACACUUUAGACACUGAGGAAGAAAGAAGAUCAAUGAUAAAACGUUUUUAUAUGGCACAUCACCCAGAUAGAAGCAUGCAAGAGGAAACGACUGCUAAAGAAGUUUUUAUACACUUUCAACAACUAAUUAAGGAGAAAGAAGAGACUUGCAGAAACUCGAUGUACUAUAGACAGUUUUCAUCAUGGGACCGUGUUACACACUCACAAUUUCAAGGACAAUAUCAACAUUUACAAUCUUCUCAAACGAGACCUACUCAUCAUACUUUAUCCUCACAAUCUGCACAGACCAGAGCAAUCCCACUGCCACACCAUUAUCCACAGCAGCGUCCCAUUACUGGAUUCCAGAGGCAUGUAGUAGAAACAGUACCUUCUCCACAAGAAGCCAGGCUAUGGUUUAGGCAGGCCAAGGAUGAUUUCGAUGUUGCUUCUAAAGUCUAUGAAAAUUCCAAACAAGAUCGUGCAUUUAACUGGAUAUGUUUCCUAUGUUACCAGUCAACAGAAAAGGCUUUAAAGGCUUUCCACUACAACAAGGACUCCAACAACAUUCCAUCUACUAGUAACUUAUAUUCACUUGCAAAAGGUUUCGAAGAAGAUUUCAAAUCCAUAGUUACUAAACUGGCUGAUCUCAUUGGGCAACAAGAAGACAUGAUGUAUCCAGAACGGUCGAAUGCAGCAACGCCAACAGAGUUAUAUACUAGGCCAAUGGCUGGAACAUCUAUUCGCUUAACAAGUGAAAUCCUGGAGUAUAUAAAUAGUCGUUUGUAAAACUGAAUAUCGUAAGGUCAGACAAGGAAUCCUGCCUUCAAAAGAAACUGAGCUGUAACAAAGAUACCGAAUUCUUAUUUGGAUUGUUGUUCCAGUCUGGAUCGUUAUGCCACGAUAUUGGAUUGCCGAGAAUCCAACUUCGAUUGUUAUGAUUUUUUUUUAAAUUUUCUAAUAAUAUUGAUUGAUGUUUUAAUGGUAAUAAUUAAGAUUGGCAUUGUGUAGUUCUUUAUCUUGUUUUGUAAUAAAGAGAGAUUUUACUCGGUCCUUAGAUGUAUAUAAACUAUUAAUAGAUACCAGGAUUAGAUGUAUGAUUUUAUAUACAAUGUGAAUAUUUUUUUGCAUCUUAAUACAAAAGAUGAAGACUGAUGUGUUCUUCAACUUAUUUUGAUAUGAUACAGCCAAUGUAUUUACCUUUUUGAAUUGUACUGGAUUCUUAUUGUGAGAUGAUUUUCGUUUGUAUUCAGCAUUGAAUCAUAGUUUGAUUGCUGUGAUUCUAUUUUAUAAUGAUUGUCCUUUAAGAAUGUACUGGUUUACCUUUGCAUGGUCAGGAUUCUUAUUGUGUGAUUAAAGAUAGACUUUACAGUCAUUAGAUGUGUUGUUUUAUAUAUAAUGUACUAUUUUUAACUAUAUUUUCAUUGCAUCGAAAUUAUUUUUAUUUGGAAUUGUAUUACGAAAUUUAGAUUUUAUUUAUUGAAUUUCAAAAACGACAUUUUUUUACUUACUUGUCCUUAUUUUUAUUAAUUAGGAAAUAACAUGUUUAUUAAUUGUGUGCGUCCAAAGCGCUUUUCUGUAUUAACCUUCAUCAGCAACGUUCAAAAGAAAAGAAAAACGUUGAUGUAAAAAGCUAGAUGACCAAACGAGGCAAAAACAGAAUAUCGAAGGUCAGCUUUACCUGAGGGAGUUCACUGUUGGGACCUUAGUUUCUUAAUUAUUUCUAUAUUCAUCAACGGAAAAUUUAAUACAUGUAAAUAUGUUAUGAAUCAUGUCAGUUGAGAAGCACUGACUACUUGACAGAUACUCCCAGAUCAGCUAAGUCCUAUAGGCGGAUCCCCUGUCCUUUUUGUUUUAAUUGGAAAAUUGAUGUUACUCCAUUUUGAUUGACCAAAUGGGUGCUUAUAUAUGUUUUGGACUGUUAAGUCAAACGUGAUGUUUGGAAAGAUUUUGUGCUGCAUAUGUACCAUCCUAACACAUUGUCACUUGGUUUUUUUUAUUGUAUUGAUUUAUAUUUAUAUUGAAAUGGUAUAUGUAUUUUGUAAUAAUUUUGAAUUGGAGUGUUAUAAUUCAUAGAUGUAUACAGUGGUAUAGCAGAAUGUUGUUUCUUGUUUCUAAUAUGGUUGACAUUGGUGCUUGCUUAAAAAAGUGAUCAUGCAGUGUUUAUAUGUUAGAAGCCAAUAACACAUAAGAAUUACGCAUUGAAAAAAAACACAUGCCACCCACAUGUUAUUCUGAGAAAAAGAAGAGGUUUUUCCUCUGAAGAAAACAUUUUGCUUGCUAUGAAUACAAAGUCAGAAAAACUGUGUUUUUCAAUUGUAUAGUAUAUAUCACUAAUUUUUAACCAAUAUCCAUAACUAUGUAAUAACAUGAACAUAUUGUUAUAAAUAUAUCAUGUAUAUGAAGGAAAUGAUUGUGUAUAUAUGUGAAUUUUCAGUUAAUGUAUACUUAUUUUGUACUUUGUUACAAACUUAUUGUUUAAGAUUUACAUGGCAAUACACAUUUGAAUUGAAUUGAAUUUGAAUAGUUGGAAACGUCAUUUUUUAACAGUGUGGUCAUGGAUGAGAUUGAUUGUGUAAGGCGACCAUUUGUUUUUCGAAAGGGGGUGAGGAAAAAACAUGCAUUUUCAAUCGUUGCUGGAAAGGGUUACUUAUUUUUGGGACAGUGCUGUAUGAAUAUUUGUUUUUAUGCAAUAUUUCCAACAUUUUGUGGGUCAAGAUAGAUUUAAUCUAAAGCUUUAUUGGGGGAUCUUUUUUUUAUACAGUUGCACUGAUAGGUAAUUAGCACCCACAGAAUACCAAUUGGUCGUCCUCUUAUCUAACUGUUCCGUUUUUACAGGACAUAUGUUUUGUUUUCGUUAUAUCUAAUUUGAAUAAAUGUUGUUUUGAA